AUGCCAGCCAAGGGGAAGUACCUGUUGAACGACCAGGAGCUGAAAAAUGAGGCACUGUACAGCAAAUUCUCUUGCAUUAGCCAGUAUCAGCCACUUGUGCUCCUGCUGGGCCUCUCCAUGCUCGCUUGUGGAAUCCUUCUCAUCCUCUUCUUUGCCCUACAUCUGAGAGCAGAGCACCACUCUGCCUUUGUGAGCGUGGUGAGCGGCAGCCUGUGUGUGUUUCUGGCCGUGUUUGUGCUGGUGUGUGCGGAGAUGCUCUCACAGAGAUGGAGGCGUCUGCUGGGCCUGAUUGUAUGGGCCACACACCUCACUAUGGGCUACACCUUUAUCUUCAGCAGCCCCAUCAUCCUGCCCUGGGAUCAGGUGCCUUUCUUCCUCUUCAUCAUCUUCACGGUUUACACCAUGCUGCCAUUCCAGUUGUGGUACGCUGUGGUGCUGAGCGUCAUCACCUCACUGUCCCACAUCAUAGUUCUCACUCUGCACCUCACCUUUUACAGCCAUCACACCCCUAUUGACCUUGCCAACCAGCUGCUCUCCAAUGCAGUGGUGUUCCUUUGCGGCAGUGUGGUGGGAGCCUUUCAUAAGGUCCUGAUGGAGAAAACCUUGAGGCAGACCUUUCAAGACACCUUGAGGUGCCUGAGCAUGCGGAUGAAACUGGAGAUUGAAAAAAGACAACAGGAGAACCUGCUGCAGUCGGUGCUGCCUGUUUACAUCUCCAUGAAGAUGAAGCUGGCAAUCAUGGAGCGCUUGCAAGAAUGUAAGGACAAAGAAGAGCAGCAGCGACUCGUCAAAGAUAACAACUUCCACAGUCUUUAUGUCAAGAGGCACGAGAAUGUCAGUAUUCUCUAUGCUGACAUUGUUGGCUUCACUCGACUGGCCAGUGACUGUUCUCCCAAAGAGCUGGUUAUUAUGCUCAAUGAAUUGUUUGGCAAGUUUGACCAGAUUGCCAAGGAAAACGAAUGUAUGAGAAUCAAGAUCCUUGGAGAUUGCUACUAUUGUGUGUCGGGGCUGCCAGUCUCUCUACCCAAACAUGCCAAGAACUGCGUUAAAAUGGGCCUGGACAUGUGUGAAGCCAUCAAACAGGUACGUGAGGCCACAGGGGUUGAUAUCAACAUGAGAGUGGGCGUGCACUCGGGCAACGUGCUCUGCGGCGUGAUCGGCCUUCGCAAGUGGCAGUUUGACGUGUGGUCGCAUGAUGUCACGCUGGCCAAUCACAUGGAGUCAGGAGGCCUUCCAGGACGAGUCCACAUCACAGAGGCGACGCUGAAGCACUUAAACAAGGCUUAUGAAGUGGAAGACGGCGAAGGCCACCUCAGGGACCCCUACCUAAAAGAGCUCAAUGUCCAAACCUACCUUGUCAUUGAUCCACAGUCUAAGGACCCAUCACUGAACAGCCGUAGUGCACCUAAACCUAGGGUGAAUGAUGGUCUGAAGAUGCGGGCGUCCGUGCGUAUGACCCGUUACCUGGAAUCUUGGGGUGCCGUCAAACCUUUUGCCCAUCUUCAGAACCGUGAAGGCUUCACCACAGACACCAUUGUCAAUGGCAAGCCACGUAACAAGGACAUCCCUCUACGAGCAGCACCCAGCUUCAAGAACCCUGAGAGCUUCGAUGAGUCUCUCGAAGAACCGUUCACGUUGCCUACCCCUCCGUUCAGCAGCUAUAAGAACAAAUCCCAGAAGAGUAAGUUUGAUGAGGAACUGCACAAUGAGAUGACUACAACCAUAGAUGAGCUCAGCAGCAAGCAGUGGUCCAAGACUGAAGAAAGUAGCAGUUUGGCUCUGUGGUUCCCAAAGAAAGAUUUGGAAAAACAGUACCGAUCCCUGGAUUUGCCGAUGUUCAAACACUACGUUGGCUGUGCCACUUUCAUCUUCCUAUGCAUCUUUUUAGUUCAGAUGUUUGUCACAAAGAAUCGACAGAUGUUGGGGAUGUCAUUUGGAGUAUUGGUCUGCGUGCUGCUGCUGACCCUGGCCAUCUGUUUCGCCGGUCACUUACAGCGCCUGUUUCCAGAGAAGCUAUCGAGCUGUCAGUGGCUGCCGGCGGUGUCGGAGGCGGUAGUGAAGCGGCCGUGUGUGCGCCUCCCUUUGGCCACUAUCACGACUGCGGUCAUCAUUGUCUUGGCGGUGUUUAACCUGUGCUUCGUCCAGACACCGGGGCCAUGUCCCAGCGAUGCUGCUGACCCGUCCCCCACAAAUGAUUCCUUUGAGCCAGGAUUAGAGGGGGAUCUCUUCUACCUGCCUUACUCCGUGUACUGCUGUAUCCUCUCGCUCAUCGCUUGUGGAGUCUUCCUCCGGGUGAGCUUUGAGCUCAAAGUGCUCUUCCUCACGCUGGCCUCCGCAGCAUACUACAUCAUCAUCCUCAGCACCAAGAGCGAUCUCUUCGUGGCCUACGGAAACGUCCUCUAUACUAACAACUCUAGCAGCUGGAACUGCAGCAGCAUAGAUGACGACACCAUCCUGAAAAAAUUAGGGCUGGUGAAACACCCCCAGGUGAUGAGCUGCAUAUAUAUCACGCUGUUCCUGGUCACCAUGCUCAUCAUCUCACAACAGAAUGAGUCCUGCUUCCGUCAGGACUUUCUGCUAAAGUAUAAAAACCGCACAGAGCAGGACGAGAUCGAGACCAGGGAGAACCUGAACCGCCUGCUGCUGGAGAACGUGCUGCCGGCCCACGUGGCAGCGCUGUUUGUCGGGGAGAACAAAAAGAACGAGGACCUUUACUACAAGUCCUAUGACUGUGUGUGUGUGAUGUUCGCCUCAGUGCCGGAUUUCAAAGAAUUUUACACCGAGUGUGACAUCAACAAAGAGGGCCUGGAAUGCCUGAGGCUGCUGAACGAGAUCAUCGCUGACUUUGACGAGCUGCUGUCCAAGCCAAAGUUCAGCGGCGUGGAGAAGAUCAAAACAAUUGGCAGCACGUACAUGGCGGCCGCGGGGCUUAGUGGGACGCCUGGUCAGGAGAACAAUCAGGACAAAGAGCGGCAGCAGGCCCAGAUAGGGAUCAUGGUGGAGUUUGCCAUCGCUCUGAUUGGCAAGUUGGACGGCAUCAACAGACAUUCCUUCAAUAGCUUCAGGCUGCGUGUGGGCAUUAAUCACGGCCCGGUGAUAGCUGGAGUGAUCGGAGCGAGGAAGCCUCAGUAUGACAUCUGGGGCAACACCGUUAACGUGGCCAGCAGGAUGGAGAGCACCGGGGAGCUCGGAAAGAUCCAGGUCACAGAGGAGACGUUCAAGGUGCUGUCGAAGCUGGGCUACUCGUGCGACUGUAGAGGAUUAAUCAACGUGAAGGGGAAAGGCGAGCUGAAAACCUUCUUUGUGUGCACCGACAUGAGCAAGCAGCAGGGGAUGGGGCUGAGCUGAGGCCUUGACCGGCACAGCCAACAGAACCGGACACGGACUCAUGUACACAAGUCGAGAGUUUAUAUGCUCCUGAACGCCACAAGUGUUGAGACAGAGCUGAGUGAAAUACAGCUGUGUUCCUGUCAUGUUGCUGCAUAGAAAUGACUUUAGAGAAAGUGCUGCCUCGCCGUGAUGUCGCGAUGAACCAACACUUUCUACGCUGGACCCUGUUAGACGAGGAUGGUGGGAGAGACGGUCAGAACGUACAGGCGCCAUCUUUUUUUCUAUUCAUGACCAGGUUUACGUCCAGUGAUCAGUCACUUUUGUACUUCUUUUGUUUUGUUUUUCUUUGUCUUUAACUUAGUUGUCGUUCUGAUUAGAAAAGAUGCGUCUCGUACUAAUGCCAAAUACAGUUGUGUAAUUUUUUUUUUUUUUUUGAAGACCUCCCGGUCCUUUAAAAACAAAAAACAAUGGAUUCUGUUUGGAUCCUACUUUGAGAAGGCGUCUGGUUUUUACCUGUUUUGAGAAAGGAUGGGAACACUGCUCCGUUACUGUGUAAUGAGCACGACAUCUGCCAGCUGUUUCAGUACAGAAACGAGCUGAAACAGAAGGUAAAGAUAAAAAGGAGGAAAAGUAGUGAGUUUUUCACUUUGCGGCCGUGCUGCACAUCCUGAAGUUACUGCAUCUUCAACACCUUUGUUCAGGUGUAACAACCCUUUAUGUGAUCACGUAUUUCGGCCUGUUUAAUUUUACAUAUACGACAAGGUAUUCACUACGUUCCAGGAGGAAAUGGACGAACCCACGUGCUGUAUCUUUGUCACCUGUUAACGUGUUGCCGCUUGUGUGCAUUUAUGCUGCAUCGGGGGAACCUGUGACGCUGCCCCUCGGUGUCUCCGGUCUGUAUGAUGUAACAACCCGCCUGCUGUGAAUGUUUUUCCUGGCUGCAGCUCAGACGAUCACCAGAACUGAUCCGGAUCGCUCUCAAGUGUCUCUGAAAACUUGAUCUGUCUUGUGGCCUUAACUUUUGAGACCAUCAUGUCGUCUGUAAUCGUGGUUACAUAAUAAUAAUAAUAAUAAUAAUAAUAAUAAUAAUAAUGAUAAUAAUAAUAAUAUUGAUAAUAAUAAUAAUAAUAAUGAUAAUAAUGUAUUGGCCUUCAUGUGAACAAAUGUGACAUUGAAUUUUGUACAGUUACAGAAUGUAAUAAAUGUUUUCCUAAGUCUA